AAAAGAAAUUCAGUUUCAUUAAUUAUUAACGCCAAUCAAUGAGGAAGGAGAUAUUAUAGCAUAUGGUAACAGAAGGCACUAUUAAUGUCGUAAACGACGCAUUGCGGCAUUUAAAAUCCAGCAUGGAGCAAACAGAAACAAACAAAGAAAAGGCUCAGGAUAAUGUGGAACAAACUGCAGGUCAACAAAAGGAUUUGUCAAAUACUGUAGCAAAACACUAUAAUGAACUCCAGGAAACCGGCUUAGCAGUGCGCACAGAGAGUCGGAUAUUUUAUUUACGGAACUUCAAUAACUGGAUCAAGAGUGUUCUGAUAGGUGAAACAGUGAAGCAGAUACAAAGGGAGAGAAACAGAAGAUCUCUGGUGGUGCUUGAUCUGUGUUCUGGGAAAGGUGGAGAUUUACUCAAAUGGAGGAAGGCAGGAAUCUCAAAACUUGUCUGUGCAGAUAUUGCUGGAACAUCUGUUGAACAAUGUGAAAUUCGAUAUCGAGAGAUGAAGGGAAGAACUCAACACGAUCGAAACUCUGGAGAGAUUUUCUCAGCGGAAUUCAUAACAGCUGACUGUACAAAAGUUCGUCUUAGAGAAAAGUAUGAGGAUGCAUCAAUGAAGUUUGACCUGUCCAGCUGCCAGUUUUCAUUUCAUUACUCCUUCGAGAGCCUCCCCCAGGCCAAGGUGAUGCUACAGAACGCCUGCGAGUGUCUGACUUUGGGGGGAUACUUCAUAGGAACCACACCCAACUCUCUGGAAAUCAUGAAGAGAUUGAGAUCGUCUGAGAACAGGUCAUUUGGAAAUGACGUGUACAGAGUGACCUAUGAAUUAGAUGACCUUGACAACGUGCCCUUGUUUGGCGCUAAAUAUAACUUUCAUCUAGAGGGUGUUGUGGAUUGUCCUGAAUUUUUAGUAUACUUCCCAGUGCUUGAAAAGUUGGCUGAGGAAUAUGGUAUGAAACUUGUUUAUAAGAAAUCAUUUGCAGACUACUUUGCAGAAAAUGUGGAGAAGGGGGAACACAGAAAUCUACUGAAUAAAAUGCAAAGCUUGGAGACCUACCCUAGUGAGGAUUUACUUGGGAAGGGACCAGACGACUACACAGCAAUAGAAAAAUUGUACCAGGAAAUCCUCUUCAGAGAUGACCGGCCUGACCACGUCAAACAAAGAGGUCCCCCUAAAGUGGGCACUUUAUCUCAGUCUGAAUGGGAGGCUUCAACAAUAUACUGUGUUUUUGCCUUCCAAAAAAUACUGGACAAAGUUAGUGGCCGAACAUGGACACCCCCUUGCCGAGAUGAAGACACCUAAUGGCUCCAAAAGUACCCAGUUCCCACACAUCAAACGAAUCUCCCCAUCAAAUAUGUGGUGAACUGACAGACACAAUACCGACGUCAUGUGUAUAUAGUCAGUGUUGUAGACAUUGGUGGGAAAGGCCUACACAGCUGUGUUGUUUACAGAUACUCCAAAAAUAGACUUACGAUAACCACCUUAACUUGUACUACAUACAGGUUCAGAGACAGUGGCUGAAGCAGACUGAUUGGUCUGACAUUAUUUGGGUGUUGUUUAAAUGACAUCAGUUGACUCGCUUUUUGACACAUUUAACAGGUGAUGUAUUAGUUGUUAGAGAUAUUCAAAUAAAUAAAUUGAUGUAAGAAAAAUGAA